UGACAACCACUGACAAUUUUAGAACUCCAACAAAUUUUCAGGUUACACGUUUCUUAUAAACAAUUUUUUAUGAAAUGUUUUUCUUUUAUUUCAGGAAGUUUAUAGUGAAUUAUCAGAUAAAACAUACGGAAAUGUUUUAUGCACUCUAAAUUCAAUAUAUUUAAUUGGAAAAGCACCAUGAAAAAUGGAAAACAGUGCACCCCAAACGAAGCCCGAAUUUUCUGCGAAAGCAGAAUGUGAUUUGAACAAUCACAAAGAUAUUUUACUAAAGCACAUUGAUAUUAAUGUUUCUGAGUCAGAAAAAAGAACAAAUGGAGCACUAAACUUGAGGGAAUUUUAUACAGUUUAUUUAAUAGAAAUGAGAGUUGUAGAUCCUGAAUUUUUUGAUAAACUGAAUAAAUUGAAUACUGUAUGGAGAAGAUAUACAGAUUUUGAGCACCUACAUGAAUACUUAAGAAAUACAUAUCCCUAUGUAGUGAUUCCUCCUCUACCUGAAAAAAAAGUUAUGUAUAGUUGGCAGAAAGUAUCUGGAGAUACAUUCGACCCUGAUUUUAUAGAUCGUAGAAGAGCAAGUUUAGAGAAUUUUCUUUUAAGAUUAGCUGCUCAUCCUGUUUUGUGUUGGGACAAAUGUUUUUUAAAAUUCUUACAGGAAGAAGAAGGUUGGAAAGACUUUUGUAAAUCGUCAGGCUAUUUAGAAGCUGUAGAAAGUAAAUUAAAGGGCUUAAGUACUUCAGUAAGACUGAAAUACACCAAUCCUUACUUUGAUAAAGUAAAAAAGUACAGUUUUGAUGUACAAACAAACCUACACAACCUUUUGAAAGCAAGAAGUCAUGCAGUUGAAUCUCUUUUUACAAUCCACAAAUUACACAGUAAUUAUGGACGUGUCUUCAGUGAAUGGAGUGCCAUUGAAAGGGAAAUGGGGGAUAGUUUGCAAAGAAUAGGACACUAUUUGGACACAAUUGCAUCUUGUAUAGAUUCAACUCUGGAAGAUGAAGAACUGUUAGCGGACCAAUUGAAAGAGUAUAUGUUCUUUGCCACUUCCCUUCAAAAUAUCUGCAAACACCAAGAACUAUUACAACUAAAGGUAGAAACUGCCCAACACAACGUUGUUAUGAAAACAGCUGAGAAGGAGAAAGCCCAGCAAGGAAAAAUGGGACUUAUGUCGCGAUUGUUUGGGGCAGUUGAUACAGAUGAAGUGCGAGAACUUAAAGUAAACGUGUUGGACCAACAAAUACAUCGAGGAAACCAAACUGUCUCUUCUGCUAAAAUAAAAUUACUGGAAUUUAAUGAAAACGCUAUGAACGAAAUUGAGCAUUUUAAUGCUCAAAAGUUCACAGAUCUCUCAGAAACCUUAACAGGCUAUGCCUUUUUGCAACUUAAUAUGGCGAAAAAGAGUCUCCAAACUUGGAAACAAAUUCGUGAUUGCCUACAAACGAUACCUUAAUAGCCCAUUAAACUUAUCACACUCAAAUGACUGUGAUUCCUAACUUUCUCAAAUUUUUAUUUUGAAUAUUUUUUGAAAUUUUUCUUCAAUUUAGUAGCUAGCCCUUUUAUUAAUAUAUUUACUGUUAAAUUACCUUCUUGAUAUUCUUGAACAAACAAUUUAACCAGCAAAUUGUUUGUUAAUUCGAAGUUGUAGAAUUCUAAAUCACAAACGAAUAUUUUUUAAUUGUGAUAUUAGGUAUGAUAUGUAUGUAUAAGUAGAUACGUCAGUAUUUUACACUUAAUUUGCCUUAUAAAAUGACCUUAAUACGGUUCAUUUCCCAAGUCAAAAGCAAUUAUAGAUUAAUAAAAUAAGUGUCCUUUUUUAAAAUUUUCAUUUACAAGCGUUUGUAGUUAAUUGUCCACUUGAGAUGUGAAAUUAAUGGAGAACACUUAAUACAUCAACAUCACUAAUUUAGGAUGGAUUUGGUUUUAUUUCCUAGCAAACCUAUCUUAAAAUAGUUGUUACUAUUUUUAAAUAAUAGAACUUUAUCAUCACUCGCUAAAGUUACAAUAUGUUACUCGUUUAUAAUGCAAUCUUACCACUUAAUUUUAAGUUUAAUACAUAAAUUAUUACAGAGCUUAUAAGGAUGUUGUAUCUAUCUGUAUAAGAAAUAAGAGUAAAUGAGUAUAAUUGUGUAUAGCCUCGCGAAAGGCCUAUAUUUGUAAAGUAAAUUAUUUAUAAAACGGAAUCUUAUUGUACUUAACAUUAAUUUCAUAAAUAAAAAGAAAAUACUGUCGCAUUU